UAGUUGUUCUGCCUGCCAUUUUACUUUUCAUGGAAGUCUCGCCAAGUCUCGGAUUUCGCCGAGAGUCUCGACAUAUUUCCCCUGCACGCCUACCAAAAGUCAUAACCAAAAGAAGAUGCCGGAAAGUGUGGUCUAAACUUCCACCGGUGUCAGUUCGCCGCUUUUUCAGAGAUCCAAUAUGCGUUCGACCUAGCGAAACAGACUUGUUAAAAAAGCUGAAGGAUAUUGGUGGCUUCAACCCUCGGUACGUGGCAACCAACAGGAUACAAGCGAAGAAAUUCCCCAAUCUUCUUAGAGAUAUGGACCCUGUGCCUGCUAAACGACCCCCAUACAGGCAGACCAAGAACACUUCCACUACUAUCACCUUGGUUGGGAGGAAACUAGGAAACGUCUUACCAAAGGUUGCAGGUACUACCGUUAACCAAGAAUGCUUUGCUGCAGGUUCCAUCGUUUCAGGAAGCGUCUUACAGCGUCUUUGCAGCGAAUGCUCAGCCAUUACGCAACUUCCAGUUGAUGUUUUCCCUCGAUUUAUCAAUGAGAUUAUCUGCGAGGAAACCGGCAUCCAGUUUUGCGGCUCUCCACCUAUAGGCCAAUGUCAACAAAGGAAUUUGCAAUUUAGGUUUCUUCGUUUCACAGGAAAUUUUAUACGAAACGAUGAACUUAGUGCGCUACUUGGAUUUGAUGUGUUUGUCGAAGAGACUGACGAUUUUGAUCAAAAUGUUAGAGGAUGUUGCGAGUGCCGUACCUUCGUGGGCUGAACUGAUAAUAUUUAAAGUGCCAGAAACCAUAAUAAACUAUUCUAUUUUGCUUAACAAUUUUAAUCCACAUUCAAUAAUUGCCGAAUAAGCUUAUGUGAUGCUCGGUAUAUCUUUCAGCGAAGUACUUACAAAAAUUUUUUUCAUUUUUAUUAUCGAUUAGAAUUUACAAGAAUAGGUAGUGAAAUCGCGUUGCGAAUUUCACAUGGCAGUGGCGUUUGAAGCGAAAAAUUCUAGCUGAAAUAGCAUCAUUUGGUUUCGCCAGAGAGCUUACUCUCAAAAUCUCUGCUUUUGAGGAACACGCAGCGAAAGUUUCAGGAAUAAUGACAGGAACUGCAUUGAUUUAUGGGAAUUUCAAAGUACAAUGUGAUGUAGUGGUUGUCUUAGCAACAUGUUAUAUGCUGAUUUUUUAUCUAGUGUUCAACAAUUAUUGUAAAACUAACCAUUAUUUCUGUGUAAAAGUAAAAGAUUGUACUAAACAUAAAUAUUACAAAUAAUGCUUAUGAAAAAUAAAGGCUACCACAUACGUGGCAAUGAAAAGAA